AAAGGAAAUAUCUAAAAAGAGUUUCUCUCUCUUGCAUGAUUUCUCCUCCACCAAAAAUCCCUUUUCAGUCGUCUCUGAGACUCUGAUGCGCAACAGUAUCCCUGCAUUUUAGCCUGAAGUUAUAGUCUGAAAUUCUAGAAGCGGAACGAAUCCGAAAACAAAGGUAGGAAAAAUCCGAUAUACGGCGAAGAACUCAGCAUUUUCCUGUUGCAGGUUAUAAAUCAAGAUGACACCUGUUUGCCCUUUUAUCAAAGCUUCUCGUCCUGAUGAUGCAUCUGGCAAGAAACCCAGUGAAAACCAAAAUAAACAGCAGGCAGUCAAUGAUAACAAGCCUCAACAAGAUUCAGCAAUUUCACCCAAGUGCCCUUUUGGAUAUGAUUCUCAGACAUUUAAGUUGGGUCCUCUCAGUUGUGUGAUUUGCCAAGCACUUCUUUUUGAGUGCAGCAAAUGCGUACCUUGUUCCCAUGUAUAUUGCAAAGCGUGCAUAUCAAGGUUUAAGGAUUGUCCUUUAUGUGGUGCUGACAUUGAGAAGAUUGAAGAUGAUGUGAAUCUUCAGAGUGUUGUUGAUCGCUUUAUUGAAGGUCAUGCAAGGAUCAAGAGGUCUCAAGUAGAUGCUGACAAUGAGGAAAGAGAAGAUGAUAAGAAAACGGUGAUAUAUGAGGACGUGUCUCUAGAAAGAGGUGCUUUCUUGAUGCAACAGGCUAUGAGAGCACUUCGUGCGAAUAACAUAGAAAGUGCAAAAUCAAGGUUUAGUAUAUGCGCCGAAGAUGUCAGAGAACAAUUGGAGAAGAUGGGAAACACUCCUGAGUUAUGCUCUCAGCUAGGUGCUGUUUUAGGUAUGCUUGGUGAUUGCUGUCGGGCAACUGGUGAUGCUAGUUCCGCAAUUUCCUAUUUUGAGGAGAGUGUCAAUUUCCUUAUGAAAGUGCCCAAGGAUGAUUUGGAGAUAACACAUACGCUUUCCGUCUCACUAAAUAAAAUUGGAGAUCUAAAAUACUAUGAGGGGGAUUUACAGGCUACAAGAUCCUAUUAUUUUCAGGCUCUGGAUGUUCGCCGCAAUGCAAUGAACAAUCAUUCAAGUGUUCCUUCUCAAGUUAUAGAUGUAGCUAUAUCCCUUGCCAAAGUUGCUGAUGUAGACAGAAACCUUGGAAAUGAGGAUACAGCAAUUGCUGGUUUCCAGGAUGCCAUUAAAUUGUUGGAAUCGUUAACAGUUAGUGCUGAAGACGCAGGCCUUGAACAACGGCGCCUUUCAGUGCUGGAGUUCGUCAACAGUCAACUCGGAAAGAAAUAGAACAAUUCUACUAUCUGUUUCUUCAAUGCAUGAAGCAUAUGAAUCAAGGAGGGCAUGUGCUAUUUGUUUCUGCCCCUGAUCCAGGUGUUCUGUAAUAAAAUUUAGCGAAUGUGGACUAGAUGCUGUUGUAAAUGUCUUAUAAAUAAGUUGUAGAAACUACUAACACGGGAAAUCUUCUGUAAUAAACAUAGUUGUGCGUUUGGGUUACCAUAGAAAAAUUGUGAGAGUUGAUAGUUUAAGCUAGUAGCUAUGUUUCGAAGAGAAUGAUGAUGAUGAAAAGUGAGUUUUAUUCUGAUC